AUGAUAAAAAAGGAAGAUCUUGAGAUAAUAUAUGCCUAUUUCAGCAAAAUGGCAAGGAAAUCAGCUAAAUUCUUACUAAAGUGCAUGCUUUUUUCUUUGAUAGUAAUAUUGGAGAUAUUCUUACAGAGUAGCAUGCUAUUUGUCCUUCUCGGAUUGUGCUUCUGGGUGCUAAUAUUGAUCAUCUUUACCAGUCCUCUUUGGAUUCCUCUAGCAAUCCUCUGGGCACCUGCAGCGAUAAUCAAUGUUCUCGUUUUUAGAUACACUGAGGUAGAAUUAAAUACAUUAAAGUCAAUUUAUAUGUAUUAGGUUGGAGAGAAAGUUUUCAUCGGAGUUGAAAAGACAUUCUAUUAUAUGACUUAUAAGACCACUCUUUGCCGCAAAAUCAUUUGGAAAUCAAUUUAUAAUCUUUUUUCUUGCCAUUGGUAUGGAAUCUUUUAAUCUUAAAUGUGCUAUGUUCUAGGCAUUAAAAAUCUUGAAGGAUUAUCAGGUAGAAAGAUAUUAGAUCUAGGAAGUGGACGAGGAGGUGGGUUAGCCUUCUUGACUAAAUACUAUGAGCCUGAAGAAGCAUUUGGUGUUGAUUUCAGCUAAUACAAUACCAAAUUUUCACUAAAGAAGCAUUAAAAUCUUGAUAAUCUUUUUUUUCAUCAGGGUGACGCAGAGAAACUUCACAAAUUGAAAUUCCUGAAAAACGAAUAAUUUGACAUAACACUCUGCAUUGAAUCUUUUCAUUGCUUUGCAAAUCCACUUGCAGUCUUGAAGCAAGUAAAUAGGUUACUUGAUAGGGAAAAUGGUAGCUUUGUGAUUGCAGAUAUCUUUGAAAAGAAAGAUAUCGAGAGAACAGAAACUCUUUUCAAAGAAUUCUUUGAAAUUGAAAAAAAAGAAGUCAUUACAAUUAAUGUAAAGCACUCGAUAAAUCUUGAUAAGCCAAGAGCUGAAAGACUUCUACAAAUGAUUAGUGAAAAUAAAUAUGUACGCAAGAUCAUGGCUAACUUUUUGGGAUUAGCUGAAGAAUCUAAAACCUUUUAAGAGCUAGGCAAGAGUAAUGAAUACAUAUGUUAUGUGCUCAAACCUCUGUAGCACACUCAAAAUUAGCCACUCUAAGAUUAAAGCCAAUGUUGUUUUAUCAGGAGUUGUAUUGGAUCAGGACGAUAGUAAUUAAACAGGGAUAGUGGAGAUGUUCACACUCAAUAGUCUUGCUGA